UUGGGUAUAUUAGCCGCCAGUGGUGAAAAUACGUUACGUAGUGUGUGGCAGCGUAAUUUACUCUUGUAUGAGGCACAGUCGAGUAAAUCCUUCUAUAAAUUCAUCGUUAAUUUUUCACAAUGGCUGCGGCUACUGCAAGGAAGGUUAUCAUUGGAAUAGACGACAGCGACUUCUCAGAGUAUGCGUUUGACUUUUAUGUGCAGCAUAUUCAGCGACAGGGGGAUGAGAUAGUUCUCGUGCACGUUUCCGAGUACACGAACCUCAUACACGCACCUGCUCUGUUGACGGACCCGGUGGUUGUGACGGAGCUCAUCAAGGAGGAGGAGACGAAGGUGAAGAAACUCAUAGAACGUUACAGUGAGAAGAUGAAGCACGCUCACCUUGGCGGUAAAGUGAAGCAAAUGACCGGUAAAGUAGGUGAGGCAGUGGUCGAGGCAUCGAAGACGGAGAAUGCCUCGAUGAUCAUUGUCGGCACACGAGGCAUGGGCAAGAUGAGGCGGACAUUCCUUGGCAGUGUUAGCGACUACAUUCUGCACCACUCCCACAUCCCUGUGAUGGUCUGUCGCUACAAGUGUAUGAAGCCCGGGCACAACCACCUCUCGACCGAACACCUGUGCAAGGACUGUCACAGUAUGAACAUGGAACAGGAGAAGAAGUGAUAACCUGUUUUAUUAUCCACAUAGUUCAAGAUAUUCAGGGAAAUAUACUGAUGGAAAGAAAUAAGGGAACACAUCGAGCUGUAGACCA